AUGGCGACCGUCAAUCGAAAUAUGUUUGGAGCGAGUAUUACUGAACCCCCCGGCGGUGCCCAGUUGAUGGUUCUCCCGUUGAACCUCAUCGCGGAGAUAGUGUCACAUGUUCACGACACAGGUGAUCUCGCCCGGCUAUGUCGAACAUGUCGGGUCCUCAAUUAUAUGGCGUUGCCACAGCUAUACCGCAGCCUGACGCUGACCUCCUACGACAAAAUCCGUUAUCGCGACGAACAACCAGAAGGGAUCGGGAGCGCCAGUCCCUUCACGAUGGGGUUAAAUGCAAUUAUUACACGAUCUUAUGCGACGCUGGUACAAUCGAUGACGCUACGGGGGGAGUGGAAGGACCACGAGCUGGAGGAGCAUGCCCGAGUUGGCCGGGUGCCCGACGCAUCGAUGUUGUUGAACAUCGCCGCCCGCGCUGCCAUAGAUCGCAUGACUAAUUUGGAAAGCUUCCAUUGGGAACUGAACACCAAAAUGCUCGACACUGUUUUUACAGGGUUGACACAGCUGCCGAAGCUCACGUCCCUGACUAUCAGGUUUCCGUCCAGUCGUCAUCCACAGCCCACUUUCGUGAUUCCGGGUAUGCCCCAUUUGCGAUGUCUGAAAAUCACCGAUAUCGAUCCGCUAUGCUACCCCGACGAUAUUGCGACUCUUCUUGCUAAAAGUAGGAAACUGCGCGAAUUGAAAUUACAUUGGUCGCCACGGAUGCGAGAUGCACACGAGCCUAGUGUCUCUCUGCAUGAUUACUUCCGCAAGCUGAUUGCAAGCAAGCAGCCCCUCGCGGUUAAGAAGAUGUCUUUCCAGAAUCUGUAUGCCUUCCACACGGAAGAUUUCAACUUCGCGUUUGACCCGACUACCGUCGAAGACGUCACAUUUCUCAGCGGGCUUGAGGGCCCUAGUCUGGUCAACACGUUCGUCGAGAACAGUUGGCCGACAGUUCCCCCACAUGCCAAGCUCCGCAUAAAAUCCGUUCGGAUGGACUCUGUGUCAAAGCGGAACGCGGAGUUUAUUGGAAAUUUCUCUGGCCUCGAGAGGCUAUAUUUCGUCAAUGUUACGUCUGAAUCAAGCGACCUCCUCAAUUCCCCACGACCUGGAGGAGGCGCGGUCUCAUCGGCGCUCACGCCGCCGGUCUCCGAACACCAUUUGUCUGGUGCGCCCAGCGGAACCACAACCAACUCUCCUAUUACUUCUGCCUCCCCAGCUAGCCAGCUCAAUGCUAUGGCUAGCAUGCGAGAUAUCUACCUCUCACACGUUACUACAAACCAUGGCGCGACGUUGCGCCACCUCCUUCUUCCAUCUAGAUGGCCUCUCUCCACCGGGAUGGUCGCGCGACUCGUCCAUAGCUGUCCGAAUUUGGAACAGCUCGCCCUUGCCACUGAAUUUUCCAUUGAAAGCGCUCCGGCUUCUCAUCCCCAAUCUUCCGGACAGGCCUCAAAUGCUCCUGCAAGUUCUGCAAUCAAGUCGUACCCAUCUGUAAAGUUUCAUACGAUUAAAAUGGCGCAAGAUGCUUUCGCGAAUGCCAAGACUCUUACAGAAGUGGUGGACAUCGACGACGCGAUCCUGACCGAGAUGUUGAGUUACGACCUUGCCGACAAGAAAGUCUACGGAAACGUGAAGGUCAUCAGCAUGGGCUGGAAAGCCUGGGAGCUAAAGGAGUUCUAUAAAGCCCCUAUCCCGUUAGGGCUCAACAAGGAGUCCCCAUUACCAACAAAUGGCGACAAUGCAUCCCCAGAGACCACCACAGAGAGCCCUGUUCCCACGCAAGGUACCAAUGGCGUUGGGCUCAGCACACCAUAUCAGCCUGCCGUACCUCAUAAGUCACCCGAUCUACAGACAGCACAUGCCCCUUCUUGGCCGAAUCCGCCCGGGACAAGACCCGGCGUGCCGCCAUCAACAUUAGGGAAACGAUCACGCGAUCGAGAUGAUAGCGAAACGCCCAGGCCACCGCCUGCCUGCCCAGAUACCCUCAAUAGACCCGAAGAAAGUGAAGAUUCUCAGGGCUGGGGCUGCUCGCACACCUUAAGUGAUGAUGGUUUCGCGUGGAGACGGCGUGCGCGGCGGGUAGGAUGGGAGGUUCUGCAGCAUUGGGAGGUGUGGGCGUUGGAUUCGCAGGAGAUUUGA